CGGCAGGGAAACUUCACGAGGUUCAUCAAUCACAGUUGCCAGCCCAACGCGCAAUUCCAGCAGUUUGUGUGGAUGAGCACGCAGCGUAUUAUCCUAGUGAGCAAGGGCAUUGAGGCGGGGCACGAAGUCACGGUAAAGUAUUCUGAAGCUACUGGCUUGGUUCGAACGAAGGAUGUCUCUACGGAGAGUCAUAUUGCCGGUACCAGAGUGCACCUCGUCGGGGAUAAAUGAAUUUGC